UGUGAUCUAAAGAAGCUUACAGGUCCAUGGCUGCCAUCUACUUUACAGGAAGGGAAUGGAGAAGACGAGGUUGAAGAAGGGAAGUCAAGAAAAGGAGCUGAGAAGACAAGAACACGUGGUGGCACCAGGAAGAGAAGGGACUUUGAUGUCCCUCCUCCUCCCUCAAGGAUGGGGACUCGGGGCAAGAAGAUUUCCUUCAAGGAACUAGCAUCCCCUGUGAGAGACGACUCCCCCCCACCCAGGAAGAGGAGAAUGAAGAGUAUCUACAUCCAGACGGACGGUGCUGAUGCUGGGGAGGAUGAGGACUACACCCCGGGGGGCCGCUCCCCCUCCCCCACCCCCACCAGGAGACGGAGGAGGAGACCCAAACGGACGGAUCCUGCCGACAGGAAACUGGAGUGCGACAAGUGUGGCAAAAAGUACAGCACUGUUCAGAGUCUGCACAGCCACAGAAGUCUGCACCACGGCAAGAAGACCUACCCGUGUGAACAAUGUGGGCAGGAGUUCAAGAUGAUCAGGCUGCUGAAGCGCCACCAAGUAGAGCACACAGGCCAUAAGCCGUUCCAGUGCGGCCAGUGUGAGAGACAGUUCAUGGACAAGGGUGACAUGAAGCGGCACGAGCGCACGGUCCACUCCCCCGCCUCCCACAUCUGCGAGAUCUGUGACAAGAGGUUCAAGACGCUGGAGUGCUUCGAGAAGCACAAGGACAAGCACCUCAAGGACCCCACGUUUAAAACCAAGAAGAGCACCCAGUGUGACUUCUGUGGGGAGAUGUUCCAGACACCCCGGAAGAUGGAGGUCCAUCGCAGGAAACACACCAACGACAGGCCCUUCCAGUGUGAGCUGUGUGGGAAAGGUUUCUACACAUUGAAAGACCUGAAGGUGCACAAAAGGAUCCACACAGGAGAGCGACCCUACAAGUGUACCUACUGUGAUGCUGCCUUCACCCAGUGGUCGUCCUGGAGCGGUCACCAGAAGACUCACACCAAGGAGAAGCCCUUCCUGUGCUGUACCUGUGGGAAAGGCUUUGCAGAGAGGGAGUACCUCAAACGGCAUGAGAGAACACACACUGGUGAGCGACCCUUCACCUGUGAGGUUUGCGGGUCAGGGUUCAUGGAUAGGAACGGGCUGCGCAGACACAAGCGUAUCCAUAGCGACGACCGGCCUUACCGCUGUCCUCAUUGCAAUGCUGGAUUUAAGCAGUGCUCCAACAUGAAGGCUCACAUCAAGACCCACUUCAAGGCAGCUAACCUGGUGAGCGUGAAGCCGGUGGAGACCAUCGACAUCAACGCCCUGAACAUCCCCAUCAGUGUCCAGCCGCAGGACGCGCAGUUCAGGCAGCAGAUCGGCCAGAUCCAGCUCCAGGAACAGAUCAUACCGGUCAGCAACGUCCAGGUCAACGCGGUGCCGGUCAGUGGGGGAGAGCAGACCAUCACCACCAUGCCGAUGACCGUCAACGUUCCGGUGAGUGAGGUGACCCAGGUGGCAGUGUCCCUACCCCAGGGGGUACACAUCCCCGGCCAGGUGACGCCAGCCCAGAACAGGAUAGAGACGUCAGAGGCCACAGAGUUCAUCACACACCUGCUACUGGUCUGAACAGAAUAGUCUGGAGUACUGGUGUUAGUGUUAAAUUAUCAUCAAAAGGAGGAGAUCAUAUGGUGGCAUAAGGGAGUAUCAAAGCUGUCCAAGGAUUGCAGCCUGCCAAGGAGUGUCCAUUUCCUACCGGAUACACACCUUUGCCACCUUUGAUACUACAUGUAUCUUAUGCCACCAUAUGAUCUCCUUGGAGAUUUUGUAUUCGCCAGAUGAAAUAUGUAUGGAUCCUCCCAGGUACAAAAUGUACAGUCAAAACCAGGGCUGUCUCCAGGUUUAAAUUUUUUCCACCUCAUUCACUGUUUGGGAGUCCAUGUAUGUUGUUAAAUCUGUUAUUAAAUUUCAAGCUGAUGAAGGAUGGAAAUGCUACUUAUUCAAUGUGUAUUCCCCAGAACUUUAUGUAUCAUCGGCUAUGAACAAUUUUGAAUGUACAUAGUACAAAUAAAUGUUUGUUUCUUGAAUGAAACAUUAUUCCAAGUCACUGAUAUCAGUGGAUUUCAAUUGACAAUGUACUAUGUACUGUCACCUCUCUAUAGUCUUGAGCACAAUUGUAUGUUAGCUUAUCCUGUAGCACAUUCAAGUAGCCGUUUGGCUACCAAUUCUUUAUUGGUUUGCAUCAGACAGCAGAGAGGAAGUUAAACUAGUAAAAUUUGGCUCUUGGCUUAAGAAAUGGAAUAUAAAAAUAGACCCCAGACAAGAAUACCUUCAGGACCAACUUCCAAGAGCUGAAAAACAUCACAUUUCAAAGAUUGUGGCAAGUCUGUGAAAACAUUUCUAUAAAUUCUCUGAGUUCCAUGAGCUUAUUUUGAAUCAGACAUUCAUUGCAGGAAACAAAACCUUCAAGUUGUGUCAACUUGCUGCUAUACUUACAACUGAGACAUUUAUCAGGUGGAUUACACCGUGUAUAUAUCCCACAUGUUGGAAAAUCAUAUUGUUGAUGUAUAUAUGAAUGCUGUAGUGGUACCCGGAUGUUAUGGAGAAUGGAUUUUGUUCUGUGGAAUUAUCUAUUGCAUUCAUGAUCACUACCGGAACUUGUUUUGUAUGUACUGUGAUAACAUGAUGGAACUUUUGUGGCACAAACAAUUGUCCAUGUCAUGUGUUAACUACUCUAGAAUCUUGACUCAAAAACCAUGUCAUAGAUAUGUGAUAAACGGAAAGAAAAUCCCAAGAAGCUACUAGCAUACAGUGUCAUUUAGUGAGUAUGUAAGCUAUUGUGUUACUAGUUGAUUGAUUGAAACUUUUGAAUAUGCCCUUGUUUAUAUCUUUAUUUGAAUUGCAGAUUUUAGUUGUUUUUUUGCCUACUCCAUAUUACAUGUAUUAGUAUCGUUCCUUAAUAAUGAACUUUCCAGCCUCCAUCUGCUGAAUAUAUAUGUACAGAGUUACCUAUGAGUUACUCAAAGAAAUGUGGAAGGUAAA